AUGACAAGUUAUACUUCUGCAUUUAAACCAGUCAAGAACAACCUGUACACUAUAUCUACAUUCAAGCCAUUGGUUGGAACAUUUUCAGCUUUUCGAAAAACACCAUCUCCCAAUGAAACACUUGUAAAGUUUCCAAAAGGUGAUAUUAAUAAGACUUCAAAGAAGUAUUGGACUAAUGAACAGAGGUGUUUUGCGGUAGCUAAAUCCAAAAUUCUUGGUCUAUCAAAGGCAACAAAAUUUCUUCAAAUGAUACACCCAUCUGUGUAUGGCGAUUUAUCACGAAGUACAUUACAGUAUUGGAUCAAAAAAGCCUUCUCGAAAUGGAAUGAAACGUGUUAUUAA